GCUCGUUCUUUUGUUUUCAUUCAAUGAUUUUCUUCAAGAAUGUUCUGUUCUUUGUUGAAUCAUUAGAAUUUUGUUCAUGGGCUUGUGAUUGAAAAGAAGCCCUGUUUUGGGUUGAGCUUGAGCAUACUCUUUUCCUCCCUUUUAUUUUGUUGUCAUGUCAUCUGUCUUGAUUCUUGCUAUAUAGAUUUCAUCAAUUGGCUUUGCUAGCUUAAAUCUUGUAUCUUGGUGGGUUUUGCUUUAAAGUAAGAAAAUGAGAUUUGAUUUGGUUCGAACUUCAAAGAGUAGCGAAAAUUUUCAGAUAAUGAUCCAUUUCAACAUUGUCUUCUCCAUGUGCUGAUAAUUUUCCCACUUUUUUUUUUUAUAAAAUAGUUUCCCAGCUACCUUUAUAUGCGUUCAAGGUAAAUGAGAAUGAUUUGGAUAAGAAAUCUACCUAUUCCUGCAAUGGAGUAUCUCCAAUGUGCUUUUUAAACAACUUACUAUUGGGGCAAUGGGAAGAUAGAAUGAGAAGAGGCCUCUUUCGGUAUGAUGUAACAGCCUGUGAGACAAAGGUCAUUCCAGGAAGAUAUGGUUUUAUAGCCCAACUCAAUGAAGGGCGUCACCUGAAGAAAAGGCCAACUGAAUUUCGCGUAGACCAGGUUCUGCAGCCCUUUGAUGAGAAGAAGUUCAACUUCACUAAGGUCGGCCAAGAAGAAGUGCUGUUUAGGUUUGAACCAAGCAAAGACGAUAUGUCUCUUUUCUUUCCUGCCCAUCCAGUUGAUGCUGGUUCGAGUUCCCCGAGUGUAGUUGCUAUUAAUGUUAGUCCAAUCGAAUAUGGGCAUGUGCUUCUUAUACCUUGUGUCCUUGAUUGCUUACCGCAGAGAAUUGAUCAUGAGAGCUUUCUUCUUGCUCUUAAUUUUGCCAAAGAAGCUGCAGAUCCUUUCUUUAGAGUUGGUUAUAACAGUUUGGGUGCCUUUGCCACCAUUAAUCAUCUUCACUUUCAGGCGUAUUACUUGUCAGUGACUUUCCCAGUGGAGAAAGCACCAACCAGCAGAAUAAUGAGCCGGAAGGGAUUGCAUGGUUCCGAGUUAGUGGUCUCUGAGCUGCAGGAUUAUCCUGUUCGAGGCCUCGUGUUUGAGGGUGGAAGCACGCCUCGUGAUUUAUCCGAUGCUGUUGCAAAUUCGUGCAUCUGUCUGCAGCAGAAUAACAUUCCGUUUAAUGUUCUAAUCACAGAUUGUGGUAGGAAAGUCUUCUUGCUCCCACAGUGUUAUGCGGAGAGACAAGCUCUUGGUGAAGUAAGCCAGGAGCUUUUGGAGACUCAAGUGAAUCCAGCAGUUUGGGAGAUCAGUGGGCAUAUGGUACUCAAGAGGAGAAAAGAUUAUGAUGAUGCCUCGGAGGAGCGAGCGUGGAAACUUCUCUCCGAAGUGUCAUUGCCGGAGGCGAGGUUCGAAAAGGUGAAGGCCUGUGUGUCUACAUCAGCCGGUAUUCAGCUAGGACCGGAUAAUCGCAGCUUGGACAUGAAAGAAGGUCCCUAUGAUUCCCAAACACCUCCAGUUGCCUCACAUCUGCAUCAAAGAUGUUUAGUCACCAGCAGUCUUGCAAGUACUUUGUAG